GUUGGACAGUUACAGCCGUUUGUACGACGGUUUCAGGAGUCUGUUAUAAUUAUAAUUAUCAUUUACGCGGAAAGAAUGAAAUAGCAACUUCUUCCUUGGAUGAAGUUUCUUGCAUGAACGACAAUGGACGAUAACCAACACGCGACAGCGAUGGCAGCACAGCCGGCUUCUACGGAUGACGCUAUGAAGCAUAUCAACAAUAAGAAUAAUGAAGAGCAUGACACGCCUGUUCACGACAAGAUCCAAGACAUAAGCGACAGAGCUCUACGCUUCAUCUCGCACGCGAGCAACGAAACACUUGGAGCAUGUCUGGUCGGCCUGGGUGCCACGACCUACUUCAUCCUGGGAAGAGUUGGACUGUUGUUGAUUGGUGUGGUCGGCGGUAUAGCACUGCAUGCGACAUGGGACUCUGCGCACUCGUCGGCUGACAGACUCGGUGCGAAGGAGCUUGAGCAGAAGAAGAGAAGGGAGAUUGGUCUAGAGGUCGUCCAGCGCGUGCUGCAAUGGAACGACAACAAGACAGACGCCGGAGACACGGACGACGACGACACUGAGAUCAAGCCAUUGGCCCUCAAGAAGAGCGACUUCUCGACCUUCCGUCCAGACACGGCUGCCGCCUUGAGUGCUUUUACAGACGCCAUCAUCCGCGACUAUGUCACUUGGUGGUACUCACCUGUUUUGCCCGGCGAAGACUCAUUCCCGGCAGCCUGUCGCCAGACUCUCGUCAGCUUCCUCGUCUCCCUCUCCAACCACCUCUCUCGAAAGCGCCCCGUUGACACGUUCCUCGAUUUUGUUACCAACUCGUCCUCGAUCGUCAUCGUCUUCCUCAAUGAACUCGCCGCCGCCCUGAACGCCUCACCCAAUGCCACCUCCGAAGACGCCGUCCAUGCCUACCUCGAAAUGAAGCCCGAGAGCAGUCUCGCGAGCAUCAUGGACGCCAAACAUCAAGAGAAGAAGCUUAAAGUUGUCGCCAAUGACAUCCUGCUGAAGUACCUCGACAACAAGACAUACAUGAGCGCCCCUGCCCACAUCUUCCUCAAGCAGAUUCUGGCCAAGCUGGUCUUGUCCAUGACCGUCGACAGCUGCUCAAAGCCAGAAUUCAUCAACCAGUGGAUCGUCUACCUGCUUGAAGACGGAGAGCCUGAGCUCAUGGAGGUCAUUGAUGCUGGCGUCGAAGGUUCUGCUGUUGUCAACGGCCAAUCGUCAAAGAAGCAAGUCGCCGUCGACGAGCAAGCCGAGAAGCCAGCUUCCAGCCCUGAAGCCGUUCGCGAGCACCGACGCAAGGCUAGUCGUAACAAGGCCGAGGAAGCCAUGGACGAGGCUAUGAGAGAAGCGCAGAGGCUUAGCCAGCUGAUCGCUGAAGAAGAAGCAAAGAGGUCAAACAACGCUUCGUCUACUCUUGGCAGCAGCGGCGAUAUAUCUGAAACCACCACCCAAGGCAUCAUGACUCCCUCAUCGUCUCAAGGUGACGCCGACGACACUACAAAGUCAGAGGCUUCAAGAGCUUCACCUACUGCCCAGUCGACCGAGAGACAAUCAGAAGAUUCAAGAAAGCCAUUCACCAGCUUCGAUCAGAUACUACCCGCCACAAGCCCAACUGCUCUGUCUAGCCAAGAAGACAAGCUCCGUCUCAAGCCACCGCCGGUCUUGACUCUACACAAUGCAUCCAUCAACAUCUUUGACGAUGCGUCGCCGGGCAACAGCACCGUCAUGCGAUCAAAGCCCAACAUUGACUACAUGAUUCAGAUCGAGCCUACUUCUUCGAGCUUCCCUGGUUGGAUGAUUGUACGCAAGUAUACAGACUUCGAAACUUUGCAUGAAGUCCUCCGUCGCAUUUCCGUCAUCACAGGCACUCGCUUCACCGACUCUCAUUCCAAUCUGCCAACAUGGAAAAACAAUACCAAGCACGCUUUGAGAAACGACCUCGAACGCUACCUGAACGACGCAGUUCGCUUGCAACCACUUGCUGAGAGUGAGGGCAUGAAGCGCUUCUUGGACAAAGACGGCGGUGCCUCUCGUUCUCCGGGUGGCAGUAAGGGUUUCGGAUGGCCAACUCCAGUUGCCUUUGAUCAGAUGGGCAAGAGCAUGAUGGACACAUUGACCAAAGCUCCCAUUCAAGUUGCCGGGGGCGGUAAGGCAAUAUUCGGCGGUGUCACGAGCAUUCUCGGAGGUGGUAAGCGCAAUUCUGUCGCCUCGAACCACAAUGCCAGCCGCUCGUCCAUCUCGCUGAACCCUGCCAACUUUCUCGAGGACAGCUAUAUGGGCAGCAUGGGUAAUGUCGGUGUCGAACGUCAGAGCACAGACAGUACCCGAAGUGUGCCUGCGCCGCUGUCCCGCACUACGUCGCUGUCAAAGCGUGUCCCGUCAGCUGCUCAAUCAAUCCACAGAGCUGAGCAAUCUGUCGACCGGAGAAGCCGACCUAGCUUAUCAUCUCCUCGUGCCUCGUACCAAGGCACAAGGAGUGAAGAGUACAGUCGUACUUCGUCAUCGGCUGGCUUGUCCAAGCUUGACACUGAGCUUCACCUUCCUCCUCCACCGUCCGAUAUCCCUGACGACUAUGCCUCGCCAACCGCAGUAUCGGCUCAGCCCGCCAGAAUCAUCGAUGACAUGACUUAUGCUUCUCCCGACGCCCCCGCGCCCGCAUCGAGCUACCCAACCUCAGGCAUCAGAUCACGAGGCACGUCCAGAUCUCCCGAAACAACACCAGCAAGAGUCACCUCCGCAAGACCAACUCCAGCAACGACUCCAGCCGCAGCGAAACCGACCAAGACCACACCUCCCAUCUCGGAACAAGAGACUCAAGUCGCCGUCGAGUUGAUGUUCGCAGUCAUCACAGAACUCUACACCUUGUCUUCAGCAUGGAACAUCCGCCGUACUCUGCUCAACGCCGCAAAAUCCUUCCUCCUCCGCCCUGGAAACCCGCAACUCGAAGCCAUUCGCCAGCUCAUACAGACCAACGUCAUUGAGACCUUUACCUCUGACUCCUCCAUCGCAGCUCAAGUUCUCAAGAUACGAGAGAACUCUCUGCCUACAGAGGAAGAAUUGAAGGCUUGGCCGAAAGAGAUGACUGCUGAAGAGAAGGAGGCGCUCAGAGUCAAGGCGCGAGGCUUGCUAGUUGAGAGGGGUAUGCCCGCUGCGUUGACUUCUGUCAUGGGAGCCGCGGCGAGUGGAGAAGCGCUGGGGAGGGUGUUUGAUUGUUUGCAGGUUGAUGGUGUUGGGAAGGGUGUUGUGUUCGGUGUUUUGCUGCAGGCAUUGAGGGCGAUUGUGCAGUAG